CCGUUCCCAUGAAUAGUUAGUCGUAUGGCGAACAUCUUGUGAGCUACUAGUGGGUGGUAUUGAAGCGUCUUGAUACUAUAUAAAUUUUAAAUUAAAAAAGUUAUUAUCGGAAUUUUAUUUUAAAUGUUAACAGUUAUUUUGUAUAUUAAUACUUCAAAUUAAUUAAAUAAAUUUAUUAACCUUUUAUUGGAGUUCGGUAAAUUUUGUUUAAAACAUAUUGUAAGUUACUAAAAAGUGAUGUGCGAUUCGUGAGUUUGCUACAAAGUUGAUUAAAUGAACAUUUUAUAACGAUGGGAUAGAAUUAAUGAAAAAACUUGGUUAAAAAAUGAAGAUCACCACAAAUUGGUGGUCGACCAUGACAUUUUUUGGCUUAGCCUUCCUUUGGAGUUAUAAACCGAUGGUUGCCUCUACCACUAUUGCUACAACCGCUGACCGCCACUCGGUUACUUGCGAGGAUUUAAGGGUGCGGUGUGCAUUUGCAACGGGUUGUUCAAUGGCUUUACACAACUAUUUCACUAAGUGUGACCAAUCUUUAAGAGCAGAUUCUACUACAUGUUCUGAAUCUUGUUUGUAUGCAUUAGUAACACUAACGUCUACCGAAGAAGGCAAAAAGCUAUUGGACUGUACAUGCAGGGAUCGAUACUGCGAGGAAAUGAAAGCUCGAGUUGAAAUUUGCCGUCCACUUGUAAUAGAAGCGUCUAAAAACGAAACUAUAGUUCCAUGUGAACUAGCACAAUGGAUAUGUGCUGUUGAUCCAGUAUGCUCGGCUGCACUGGGUUACUAUCACACAUACUGCAAAAGAAUGAUUCAAGGAGUGUCGUGUACUGAAAGGUGUCUAAAUUCAAUAGAAAUACUGCAACGUCAGGAGAAAGCAGUCAAAAUGAAUCGAUGUCGAUGCUCUGGAAUAACAGCCCUUGAUUGUUUGCGUAACAAAGAACGCAUGGCUAGGUUAUGUUAUGGGGAAGGUGAUAACUUGAAUAGUUCAGGUACUAAAAAUAGUCGUAAAAAUCGAAAAAAGCACAGACCCAAGACUUUUGAGGAAGAUCCUGAUAGACCUGAAAUUGAAAUAAUGCUAGUUAAUGGUCCGGACUACCAACCUGAUAGUAGAAAUCGGUAUAACUCAACUGGAAAAGGAUCAGCGGCUUCAUUAAAACAGGAAGUUUUUUAUUCAUUUGCAAUAUUUACAAUGCUUUUACUAGUCAAAUGGUCGACACAGGUGAUAGCUCUAAGGUAGCUAUAAGAAUUGAAAUAAAAUUGCCAUGAAU